GCCGCUGGUCCUUAACGUUACAAUUAGAGCUAGCCUCAGCUAACAUUCAGCCAGUGUAAACAUCAAUAAGAAUUGGACAAGGCUUUGAAUACACUACAUAACCAUGGGGAAAAAACAUAAGAAACAUAAACCGGAGUGGAGAAAAGUCGAUGCAGACUACGAGGACAAGGCUCUUGAGAAACCCCUCAAACUUGUGCUCAAAGUUGGAGGAAGUGAAGUCACAGAGCUCUCUGGCUCAGGCCAUGAUUCCAGCUACUAUGACGACAGGUCAGACCAUGAGCGGGAACGACACAAAGAGAAAAAGAAAAAAAAGAAAAAGAAGUCAGAGAAGGACAAAGACAAGUAUGUGGACGAUGAGGAGAGACGGAGGAGAAAGGAGGAAAAAAGGAAGAAAAGAGAGCGUGAGCAAAACGAAUCAGAAGCUGCAGCAGUGGCAGCAUCAUCAUCAGCAACAUCCGCAGCAGCACCUGUGACAUCAGUCAGUGCGGUUGUACCUGUUGAACCAUUCACACUGCCAAAGACAAUAAGUAUCAGUUUAGAGCCUGAAGAAAAGAAAAAAAAGAAAGAAAAGUUUGAAAUAGAACCUGAUUUGGAGGAUUUUCACCCGAAUGUGAAGAUGGAUAUAGACAUGCAGGGAGACAGACCGGUCAGAGCAUGCAGGACACAUCAAGAAAGUGAGUCGACUCCUCGUCAACAACUGUUGGAGCACUUUUUACGUCAACUGCAGAGGAAAGACCCGCAUGGAUUCUUCUCAUUUCCAGUAACUGAUGCCAUUGCUCCUGGUUACUCAGUGAUCAUUAAACAUCCAAUGGAUUUUAGCACAAUGAAAGAUAAGAUUCGAAACAAUGAUUACAACACAGUAACAGAAUUCAAGGCAGACUUUAAACUAAUGUGCGACAACGCAAUGGUGUACAACCGACCAGAAACUGUCUACUAUAAAGCUGCCAAAAAACUGCUCCACACUGGAUUUAAGAUGAUGAGCAAGGACCGACUGUUAGCUUUAAAGCGCAGCAUGUCUUUCAUGCAAGACAUGGACUUCACCCAGCAGGCUGCCAUCCUGGGUGAUGAGGAUCUCACCGCUGAUCUGACUCCCCCUGAGAUCGUCCCGAUGCCAGUGGAGUCAGCCAAAAAGUCCAAGAAACAACCUGCCAAAGACAUGAAGGAGGUCAUCAGUUACCUGUACGAACCAGAAGGAAGUGCUUGCAGUUUAACAGACAGCACAGCAGAGGAGCAUGUUCUGGCUCUGGUCGAACACUCUGCAGAUGAAGCUCGGGAUCGAAUCAACCGAUACAUGCCAAACUCAAAGAUCGGCUAUUUGCGCAAAGACUCUGAUAGUUCCCUUGUUUAUACAGUUGUAAAUCAGAUUGAUCCAGAUGUUGAAGAAGAGGAAACACAUAAAGUGGACCUGAGUUCUCUGUCAAAUAAACUCCUUCCUGGAUUAACAACCUUGGGUUUUAAGGACGACAGAAGACACAAAGUGACGUUUCUCAGCAGUGCGUACAACACUCAGAGCCUCCAGAAGAACUCCAUAUUCCCAGACCUGCUGCCUGAUGAGGUGGACAUGCUGUACUCGGCCUACGGAGACGACACAGGGGCACAGUUCGCAUUGAGUUUACAAGAGUUCGUCAAAGGUUGUGGAAAUGUCACAAAACGUUGGGUCGAUGGUCUGCUGGACAAAAUGACUGGAGGCGAUCACAUCAAAGCAGUCAAUCAGAUCAGACAGAAAAGAAACAUGAUGCUGAAGCCUGAUGAGACCAAGUCUAACAUUUGUGAUAUUCAGAUGUCAGACAGCAGUGGUCUCGGAGAGAACAGUUCUGUCCUGGACUUCAUGUCGAUGAAGAACUAUCCCGACAUGUCUCUGGAAAUUUCCAUGCUUAACUCGUUAGGUAAACCAGUGAAAAAAGAGCCGGGGAACGAUGAGAGCCACCAGCACUUUGAUGAUGCAGACAAACUCCUGCAGGAAUUCCAGGAGGCUCAGGUUGACAGAGUCGGUUCCAGACCCUCAUCCAACAUGUCCUCGCUCUCGAAUGCCUCAGAGAGGGACCAGCACCAUUUAGGGAGUUCACCACACCUGGGUGUCGGAGACCAGUCGGAAAUGGUUCAUGAUCCGUACGAGUUCCUGCAAUCUCCGGAGCCAGAGAGCUCCACCAACAGCUGACCAAACACACUCCUGAUUUGUGACGACGGUGUAAACGACGUCAAUGUUCAAACGCUGCGGUUUCAACAUGAUUGUACAGACUGUUUGUAGUUUAAUUGUAGGUUGGGUUUUUUUUUGCACAAGUGCGACAUGUGAACAAUAAAUGAUUGCACUUA